UGCGCUGGCUUGCAGCUCGGUGCUGCCGCCCCGGCCGGGUUGCGCUGUCGCUGCUGCAGCUGCUGCUGCCUAGGUCCCCUUCGACCGUGCCUCUGCGUGGGGACUGCCUCCCGGACUCGGGGCGCCAGGUACCAUGUACGGAUUCGUGAAUCACGCCCUGGAGCUGCUGGUGAUCCGCAAUUACGGCCCCGAGGUGUGGGAAGACAUCAAAAAAGAGGCACAGUUAGAUGAAGAAGGACAGUUUCUUGUCAGAAUAAUAUACGAUGAUUCCAAAACCUAUGACUUGGUCGCUGCUGCAAGCAGAGUCCUGAAUCUCAACGCUGGAGAGAUCCUCCAAAUGUUCGGGAAGAUGUUUUUCGUCUUCUGUCAAGAAUCCGGUUAUGACACCAUCUUGCGUGUCCUGGGAUCUAAUGUGAGAGAGUUUUUACAGAAUCUUGAUGCUCUGCACGACCACCUUGCCACUAUCUACCCUGGGAUGCGGGCUCCCUCCUUCAGGUGCACGGACGCGGACAAGGGCAGAGGACUCAUCCUCCAUUACUAUUCCGAGAGAGAAGGGCUUCAGGAUAUUGUCAUCGGGAUCAUCAAAACGGUGGCGCAACAAAUACAUGGCACCGAAAUAGACAUGAAGGUUAUCCAACAGAGAAAUGAAGAAUGCGACCACACUCAAUUUUUAAUUGAGGAAAAAGAGUCAAAGGAAGAGGAUUUUUACGAAGACCUGGACAGAUUCGAAGAGAACGGUACCCAGGAAUCACGCAUCAGCCCAUACACCUUCUGCAAAGCUUUCCCUUUUCAUAUCAUAUUUGACCGGGACCUCGUGGUCACUCAGUGUGGCAAUGCCAUCUACAGAGUUCUCCCCCAGCUCCAGCCUGGGAAUUGCAGCCUGUUAUCCGUUUUCUCUCUGGUUCGUCCUCAUAUUGAUAUUAGCUUCCAUGGGAUCCUUUCACACAUCAAUACCGUUUUCGUGUUGAGAAGCAAGGAAGGAUUGCUGGAUGUGGAGAAGCUAGAAUGUGAGGAUGAGCUGACGGGCACUGAGAUCAGCUGCCUGCGUCUCAAGGGACAAAUGAUCUACUUACCUGAAGCAGACAGCAUCCUGUUCCUGUGCUCUCCGAGUGUGAUGAACCUGGACGACUUGACGAGGAGAGGUUUGUAUCUGAGCGACAUCCCCCUGCAUGACGCCACGCGGGACCUGGUUCUCCUGGGAGAGCAGUUCAGAGAGGAGUACAAACUGACCCAGGAGCUGGAGAUUCUCACGGACAGGCUGCAGCUCACACUGAGAGCCCUGGAGGACGAAAAGAAAAAGACAGACACAUUGCUGUAUUCCGUUCUUCCCCCAUCUGUUGCCAACGAGCUGAGACAUAAGCGUCCAGUACCAGCUAAAAGAUACGACAAUGUGACCAUCCUCUUCAGUGGCAUUGUGGGCUUCAACGCUUUCUGUAGCAAGCACGCCUCCGGAGAGGGGGCCAUGAAGAUUGUAAACCUUCUCAACGACCUUUACACCAGGUUCGACACUCUGACGGAUUCACGGAAAAACCCGUUUGUGUAUAAGGUGGAGACUGUUGGCGAUAAGUACAUGACGGUCAGUGGAUUGCCAGAGCCGUGCUUUCACCAUGCGCGAUCCAUUUGCCACCUAGCUUUGGACAUGAUGGAAAUCGCUGGCCAAGUUCAAGUAGAUGGUGAAUCUGUUCAGAUAACAAUAGGAAUACAUACUGGAGAGGUUGUGACAGGUGUCAUCGGACAGCGCAUGCCUCGGUACUGUCUUUUCGGAAAUACUGUCAACCUCACGAGCAGAACAGAAACCACGGGAGAAAAAGGAAAGAUAAACGUGUCUGAAUAUACGUACAGAUGCCUCAUGUCUCCAGAAAACGCAGAUCCACAAUUCCACUUGGAACACAGGGGCCCUGUGUCUAUGAAGGGCAAGAAAGAGCCAAUGCAAGUUUGGUUUCUAUCCAGAAAAAAUACAGAAACGGAGGAAACAAAGCAGGAUGAAAACUGAAUCUCCGACUGCGAGAUAGGAAGACUGCAAAUUCAGCUCCAGGCGUCUCCUAACACGUGCCAACCCCUGGAGCGCGUCUUCUUGAGGAAUACGGACGUUGGCGUUUCGCUUUUCCGUGCUCUCCGACUUUUCUCCUGAGCGUAGCUUGCACUAGUAUCCCACUUGAGUUCUGCUGUUGGUUAUUUUUAAGGUGUUACACUAUCCAGUUUAGCUUUUGAUACGGGUGAUGUCAACUCCAUGUGUCUUAAUCUACUAUAAGCGUUACCUAAUCAAGGUAUCUGCUAGUAGUAGGCACCCAACCAAUAUUUGUUGAAUUGAAUGAAGUGAAACUAAACAGUAUUUGACCAUGUGUGUCCGUGUAUAUCAUGGUUUGCAAAGUCUGUUUAGUAUUCCACAUAUAUAUAUAUAUAUGUAUGUAUAUUUUAAUGACCAUAUAAUAAAGUUUGUAUCAUCUUGCUGUAUAUCAUCAUAGAAAUCGAUUUCUAAAGAAGUAUACUCUAAGUUUUAGGAAAAGUGCAAUGUAUUUUCAGACUCUCCUUGUAAGAAUUAAUAUACCCUGCUAAAAAAAAUGGUGAGUAUUUUGAAAUGUGCUAAUUUUCCACUAGACGUAUCAGGCAUGCAUUCAAUUUAUUAGAGCAUUUACUUGCACAUUCAAAUCCUGUGGCAAUCACAGUUCCUCUAAAAAUGUUAUCCCAUGCAUUGUAUAUUUUGCUUUCAAUCUCAUUAUUCACAUGCGACUAUUCUAGAAAGCCGCAUGAUUUUACACAUUAGCUCGGGCUAACUGUUAGGAGUUUUCACCAUACCCCAAAAUAAAGCUGCGGGGGGUCCCCCAAUUAGCCAGAACCAUACGCAGCCUUUUAUUCCCAGAAAUUAGAUUUUUUUUUAACCAGCUUUGAGGAACAUGAUUGCAUCUGAGAGUAUCCUAUUCAGAAGAGUCAGCUUAAUCUCGACAUAGAAUACAUUGUUAUUGGAAUAAUUGGCCUGUUGUUUUUGAAUAGCUCUGGUAAUUUAUUAAUAUCAAUCUUUAUACAAUAGAGUGCAGUGACUUUUGUGUCAAAAUGUUUGUCUUAAAUUUAGUAUUUCCAACCAACACCUCGAGAUAUGUACAAAUGUUCUAUGUCAAAGUGUAAAAGUCUACAAUAAAUUAUUUUUU